AUGGGUGCUCCAAGAGCAUUUGCAAAACCGGAGAGCGGGAAGGUUCUGAAACGUGUAUCCGCCCCCCCCUCCCCAGCCCCUGCGAGCGAGGUCUGGCAUUUGGAGUACUCGGCUCGCGGGACCUCCAGCAGAGUUUUGCAUCCCAGCUCUGAGGCCACUGUCGCCUCCUCGGCCCCGGGCUGCCGAGGGUUAAAGAGAAAGCCCCACGCCCCCUUUGACGGCGCAGAGCCCACCUCGUCGAAUUCGAAAAGCCGGCCCUGGAGAGUCGUGGGCGCCCCCCGCCCAGACACGUCCAGCUCGGACCCAGGCUCGCUUGUGGCCGGUUCCCUCCGCUUCCCGCCCGGGCCGCGGGUUCGGUCCGGCCGCCAGUGCGCCCCUGGUAGUCCCCGCGCCGGGGACUGCGGGUCCCCGCGGGCGAUCGCUCAAGAUGAAGCUGGCUCUGCUCCUGCCGUGGGCGUGCUGCUGCCUGCUGCGACCUUCCGGCCACCCAGGAACGUGGAGCCUACUCGGAUCCGAAGUCUCCGCCGCGGGGGUCCGGGAUGGAGCGGGGUCACCCAGCCCAAGCGGCCGGUACCCGUGGCCUCCUCUUCCUCCUCCGGCAGGCACUGGUGCCAUCACACGGUGACCCGGACGGUGUCCUGCCAGGUGCAGAAUGGCUCGGAGACAGUGGUCCAGCGUGUGUACCAGAGCUGCCGGUGGCCUGGGCCCUGCGCCAACCUCGUGAGGGCUCUCAUCAGGCCCACGUACAGGGUGUCCUACCGCACGGUGACGGCGCUGGAGUGGAGGUGCUGCCCUGGCUUUACCGGGAGCAACUGUGAGGAGGAAUGCAUGAACUGUACCCGGCUGAGUGACAUGAGUGAGCGGCUGACCACGCUGGAGGCCAAGGUCCUCCUGCUGGAGGCAGCAGAGCAGCCCUCGGGCCCGGACAAUGGCCUGCCCGUCCCGCAGAGCACCCCGCCCUGGAGUGAGGACUUCCUCCCGGGCGCCAUCCCCCUGGCUCACCCCGGGCCCCAGAGGAGAAGGCCCACGGGCCCAGCCGGGCCCCCAGGGCAGACUGGGCCACCAGGGCCUGCAGGUCCCCCGGGCUCCAAAGGUGACCGGGGCCAGGCAGGAGAGAAGGGCCCAGUGGGACCUCCAGGGCUCUUGGGGCCGCCCGGGCCCCGUGGGCUUCCUGGAGAGAUGGGGCGCCCCGGUCCCCCAGGACCCCCGGGCCCAGCAGGCAGCCCGGGCCUCUCGCCGAGCGGUCCCCAAGGUGUCCUCUACUCUCUGCAGCCGCCUACGGACAAGGACAAUGGAGACGCCCAGCUGGCACCUGCCGUGGUGGACACCGUGCUGGCGGGCAUCCCAGGGCCCCGAGGUCCCCCCGGCCCUCCAGGUCCCCCCGGACCACACGGCCCCCCGGGACCCCCAGGAGCACCAGGAUCCCAGGGCCUGGCUGGAGGGCAGCCCGUGGAGGGACCGGCUGGCCAGCCUGGAGAGAAGGGAGCAGAGGGGGACAAGGCGGCGGCCACAGAGGGCGAGGGGGUGCAGCAGCUGCGGGAGGCGCUGAAGAUCCUGGCCGAGAGGGUCCUCAUCCUGGAGCACAUGAUCGGCAUCCACGAUCCCCAGGCCUCCCCUGAGGGCGGCUCCAGCCAGGAUGCGGCCCUGAGAGCCAACCUCAAGAUGAAGCGGGGCGGCCCUCCACCCGACGGUGCCCUUGCUGCCCUGCUCGGUCCCGACCCUGCUCACAAGAGCGCAGGCCAGGCCAGUGGCAGGAAGUGACGGCCAGGCUCCCCAGGAUGAGCCCGGACCUGGCCUGAGGACCAUCCUGGGCCAGUGCUGCUGCUGGCUCCUGAAGAUGUCCCACGUGGGCCUGGCCACCAGGCUCGGACACUGUGAGGGACACUGGCUCCCAGGCCCUGGGGCCUUAGUGACAGAUGGUGUCAGGGUGGGGUCUGCAGGGGAUGAGCACCCGCAGCAGAGGCCCCUCGCCCCUGUCCUCGUCCCCCGCUGCCUGCUGGAGGGGGCCUGGGGACUGGGCCUGGGUGACCAGAGCCUGCGGUGACGGAGCCCCUGCUGCCUGGGCCUUGGCGUGGGGCUGCCCCACGUGAUCCUCAGGAGCCAGCUCUCACCCACUGACCCGGGACGAGGCGCGGAUGAGGGUCUACCCACGUCCUGGGUCCUGGCCGGCACAGGAUGGAGCCCAGCGUCCUCUGGCCCUGCGUCUCCUCCAGGCAGGAGGGUCAGGCCAGGCCGCUCCUGAGGCAGCCAGGGAGCAGGGAACCAGGCCGGGCCCAGGAGGGACAGGCAAGGCCCACACAGCACUGGAGACCAGGCCUGGCCCUUCCUCAGCUUCUCCCCGGGGCUUGGCCGGCUCCUCGGGCAGGCGGGCGGCUGUGCCUGGCCGGAGCUCUGGAACCUAGGGGACCCUGAAUGAACCGACUGUCACAUGGACCGGGGACUGCGAGGGGGGGCGGUGUGGUCAGGAACAGGGGUCUGUGGCGGGCAUGGCCCACUGUCCCCAUCUCCCUGAGCCCACCCCCCAUCAGGCCCUGGCCACCCUGAGCCAGGAGGAGGGAGCACCGAGGGACUGUCCCCACAGGCGGGACAGCAGCCCCUGUCCACCCGCCUCCCUGGGCAUCUCCAGGGUCUGCCGCUCCUGGGGGACACCUUGAGUUCGCGUCCCCUUGGCAAACUGGACAGAGGGCAGCUGGGGCACGGUGCUCCCGCCCAGUCUCCUGUGACCCGCCAGCCCCGGUGCUCCUCUUGCUGGGCCAGGACCUGGGACUCGCCACCAGAGGAAUUGCAGAAUGGAAGGUGCUGGCACCACCCGGGGCAGCGUCCCCACGGCAGGAGUGGCCGUCCCCUCGAUCUUGGUGCUCACGUGAGGCUGCAGCCGGGUUCUGCUCGACUCAUGGCCCCUCCCCCCGGGGCCACCCUGUCCUCAUGGAGGGGCGGUCAGGGCCUUGCUGUUGUUCCCCGACCUGACAAUAAAGGUGUCCUCCCACCGA